CAAGUCAACGAAACAUGGCGGAGCACUCCAAUGUUGCAGCUAACUAUGAUGAAGCCAUUAUGGCCCAAGUUGACAACAUUCAAAAAGAGAUAGCAGAAAUUCAACCACUUAUCAGUGAGAAACUAGAUAUCACCUGUUUACAAAAGGAAUAUGCCAUGGAUGAUUUUGUAUAUCAGACAAAAAUAAAGGACCUAAGCUUGAAUUACUCACAGGUGCGGAAGACUAGAGGUGAUGGUAAUUGCUUCUAUAGAGCCUUUGGAUUUGCCUACUUUGAGGAACUGAUUGGCAAUCAAGUAGAAUACGACAGAUUUAAAACACUAGCCUCACAAAGUAAAGAUGAACUUGUUUCUAUGGGAUUCCCUUCAUUUACAAUAGAGGACUUUCAUCAAAUUUUUAUGGAAACAAUUGAAACUGUUGGAAAAAGUCAGUCUGUUGAAGGAUUAUUACAGACAUUUCAAGAUGAAGGACUUUCAAAUUAUAUAGUUGUGUAUUUACGACUCCUAACAUCUGCACAACUUCAAAAGAAAUCUGAGUUUUUUGAGAACUUCAUCGAGGGUGGAAGGACAAUACAAGAAUUCCGCAGUCAGGAGGUUGAACCUAUGGCCAAAGAAAGUGAUCAGAUUCACAUCAUAGCUUUGACUGAUGCACUUGGUGUUUGUGUGCGUGUUGUUUAUAUGGACAGAGGUGGGAACUCAUCUGUCAAUCAUCAUGACUUUCCAGAAGAUGGGUCCCAGCCUCUGGUUAAUUUAUUAUACAGGCCUGGUCACUAUGAUAUUUUGUAUCAAAAACUAUAACAUUUUUUCAAAAGAAACUAUUUUUUAUUCACCCUCAAAUUCAUUUCAGUGUAGAAUAUUUAUUAAGAAUAUCUUAAAUGCAGUUUGUACAGAUUUCUGAAUAAAAUUUGUUUGGUUUGAA